AUGGACCCCCACGACACCUCCCCCCCUCCGAAACAAGAACCACCAUCGAGUAGUACGACACCACCACCACUAUCCCAACCACCAAUCACCUCUCCUCACCACCACUGCACCACCACAACUUGCAUCAACUGCGGUGGCCCAACCACUUUCCCGCCACCAACACCACCAGAGCCACCCACUUACAUCCCCAUUCGCAUGCCGGCCCUCAACCUCCCACCCAACUCCGCCACCAACACCCAACAAGCCAUAAUCCUCACCCCUGUGCCACAGUCCCAAAGAGUCCCCACCAUCUCUCUUUCUCACAUCUUCCAAACACCCACCAAACGAAUCCACUCCAAAAACGACAUCGUCCGCUUGCACUCCUCCGACACCCUCAAGAACUUCCUCGGCUUUAUCGUCGCCCUCUCCGAGUCCAUUCGCACCCACAAACUCUCAGACCCCUGUAACCUUUCAUCCACAGUUGAUUCCAUCAUCUCCAUCCUCCAAACCCUAAUUCAAUUUAUCGAUGAAAUCCCUCCGAUCCCACAAUCAUCGCGGUACGGUAACCUUUCCUACAGGACCUGGCACGAUCGCAUGACUGGCAAUGCUGAGUCAUUCAUGCUACAAUUUCUCCCACCCGAUCUCCAUUCUGCAACGAUUGAACUCGUCCCUUAUUUCACUGAUAGCUUUGGCAAUUCGAGCCGUAUCGACUAUGGUACUGGCCAUGAAACCAAUUUCACGGCGUGGUUAUAUUGUCUAGCUAGAAUGGGAAUUAUUAAAGAAGGUGAUUAUCAAGCUGUAGUUUCUAGGGUUUUUGUUAAGUAUUUGGAGUUGAUGAGGAAAUUACAACUGGUUUAUUGUCUCGAGCCGGCAGGGUCACACGGGGUAUGGGGGUUAGAUGACUAUCACUUUCUUCCUUUCAUUUUUGGGUCAUCACAGUUGAUUGAUCACAAGUAUAUGAAGCCUAAGUCUAUUCAUAAUGAAGAUAUAUUGGAGAAUUUUUCAGAUGAGUUUAUGUAUCUUUCAUGCAUCGAGUUUGUUAAGAAGGUAAAGAAGGGUUUGUUCGCGGAGCACUCGCCAUUAUUGGAUGAUAUUAGUGGUGUGCCAAAUUGGAACAAGGUGAAUAGUGGGUUGCUUAAGAUGUAUAAAGUUGAGGUGUUGGAAAAAGUUCCUAUCAUGCAGCAUUUCCUGUUUGGAUCGCUCAUCAAAUGGUAUUCUCUAUCCUUUUCUCAUAUCUAA